AUGGAGAGCACUAUUGUCAUCAAUAUUAGCGGAACAAAGUACGAAGUGUCGUCUGACACUUUUAAGCAGAUGACCUCCAAGAAGAGUCAUGCAACAUGUGAACUUGAAAAAAUGACGGAGAGAGCAGAAAUUUUCCUGGAGAGGAACCCUACCCUGUUUUUAGCAAUUCUCAGUUACUUUCAAGGAAACGGUUUGCAUUUACCUCCCUCUGCAUGCACUGCCGAGUUCAAGAACGAAUUGGAAUUCUGGGGUGUUGAUCCGGAUGUUAUGGAGCAUUGCUGCUACAGUAAAUACGUGGGCUUCUUCGACGACCAGAAAGCGCUCUCAAUUCUGACAGAGGACCAAAAUCAAAGAAUUAAUGGACGCCUAGAACUCAAACGCCGAGCUCAAGGUACUGGAUGGCCGUCCAUACAAGCAAAAAUGUGGUCCAUUUUGGAAGAACCAUCCUCUAAUAUUAUUGCAAAAGGCUAUUUUUACACAAGCGCUCUUUUUGUCAUCAUAUCGAUAGCUGCUUUAAUCUGUGGAACACAUCCAACAUUCAUGCGAAAUUUGCGUGAAUCUGAAUGGCGCGAAUACUUUGAUGAAGAUUUUCAUCAGUAUGCAGGUCACUUUGAUUCGUCCCUUGUUCAGCCAGGAUCCACAUUGCCGCCAUUACCAACAGAACCAGUAGCCCCGCUAGACGUUCUGACCUACUUGGAUUUCAUUACGACUGUCUUCUUCACAAUGGAAUUUGCCCUUCGUGUCACAUUCUGUCCCCACAAAACGAGAUUUUUCGUUUCCUUCUUGAACUGGGUUGACAUUUUAUCUUUGCUUGUGAUGUAUUCAAAGUAUAUAGUCGAAGCAGUCGAUCCACGAGAAAAAUACACAGCCUCAAUCUUCGAUAUUGUUCAUUGUUUCCAAAUUAUUCGGGUAUUCCGACUUUUUCGUUUAGUAAAAAACUUUAUUGGAUUUCGAGUUCUUCUAUAUUCAAUGAAAGCAAGUUUAUACGAGGUUCUUCUUAUGUCGAUGUUCCUUAUGGUUGCAACGCUGCUAUUCUCUGCUUUUGUUUUCUUUUCGGGGGAUAAAGCUUUUACCAGCAUUCCAGACUCCUUCUGGUGGGCAAUAGUUACCAUGACAACGGUUGGUUACGGUGAUAUAUACCCCAAAGAGGCUCUGUCGAAAUCCAUAGGAGCAAUAUGCGCUAUUUCUGGAGUAUGUCUUCUAGCCGUUAUCAUUCCAAUAUUUGUCAAUAAUUUCCUCUUGUUUUAUGCCUAUUCAAAAGUAUGGGGAACCAAAGACAACGUUAAGGAGGAAUGUAACGAAGAAAAGGGAAACUACCCAGUCACUUCUAGGACAAAGAUAACCCCUUUCAAACCUGAUUGA